AUGGCAGUAACCGCAAGGCGGCUGUUAUCCGGAGACGGCAGUCACAAAGCAAGCAGAGGCUGGGAGAGCGGGCGCCUUGCAGUCCCCUCACAAGUCACGGGCAAGGCUUUAUGUUGGGUUGAGGAACAGCAGUUUGUGCAGCAACAUGGCAAGCAGCUAUUGAAAUGCAAAGGAGGACAAAGCCUGUAG